CCUGCAACCUGGACAAUAUGUCCGUCGUGCGUUUCGUGAUUUCGUUUGACUUCGAUGGGGCUAGAAAUAGAGGACCAUCGGAAGAAAUACGUUUACCGUGAUCUUGUGUUCAUAUUUUAAUCGCAAAGUGCAUUGACGUCAGUAAUAACUGACUGAAUCAUGCAUUUCUCGGUGAUUUAGUUAUACCAAUUACGCGAUAGAUAAAGCUUAGAUAGACAUUAAAGCUCUAUCAAUGGCAGAGGAAGAAAGAGUGCCUCUUUCAGAAAAAGAUGACACUCAAUCAAAUGAUACCACCCAAUCAAAAGAUGCUUAUGUACCGGAAGAUCCAACUCCGGAUACCUCAAUAUGCUUGUCAGACAUACAAAUGCCAGAAACACCGGAGAGUACCAAAGGACAGAUAAGCGAUGGCGAUACAUCAAGAUUAGAGAGUCCAAAGACUGUCAAACCGGUGCUUGGAAAAAUUCAAGCAAAAAAACGAUUAAUGGCAUUUGCUAAUCAGUUUAAAGUAUUACCCAAGUCCAAAAUUAAAUCAAAUUCGCAACAUUCCACUUCAAAAACAAAAGAUAAAACAGUGCAAGAUGAUACAAAUACAAAUAAAUCACGAAAAAAGACAGAGGAAAAGAUUCUAGCCAUUGAAGAAAUUCGAAGAGAAGAAUCUAAAAGUAAAAUGUUAGCCAUGGCAGCAGCAAGUAUGGAAGACGAAAAUCAUACUAGCAAGAAUACAUCUGAUUUAUUGGAGAGUAAAAGACAUAUGAAAGAAAGAAGCAGACGUGAGGGAAUAAACGACUCUCGUAAAAGUAGAUCAACAAUAAACCGAAAAUAUUCCGAAAGGCAUCGACAUCGUAAUAAAACUGAUAGAGAUAGUUCAAAUCGAGAAGUAAAGGUGCUGAAUCGAAAUGAAAGUGUUGAACGUUCUACACAAAAAUCAUCUCAGGACAGAGAAAAACAUAAGAAAGAAAAGAAAAGGAAAGAUGAUAAGGAUAAGCGAGAUGAUAAUAAAGUGGACUCAAGUCGCGACAAGAAAGAGGAAGACAAGGAUAAGAAAGAAAAUGAAAAAGAGAAACGGGAGGAGUCAAGAGAAAAAAGAGAAGGAACAAAAAAUAAGAAAGAGAAUACAAAAGACAAACGAAAUGAUAUGUUGGAAAUAGAAGCAGAAGGUAAGGACAAAAAGGAAAAAGAUAAAGAUAAAUUGAAAGAAAAAGAAUUAUUGAAGUGUAAUUCUUGGAUGGAAUUACAAAAAUUUGGUUUAACUCUUGAUGACGUCAGUCAACUUAGAAGACGCGACAAUACAGAACGAUCUUCAAGAAAUAGAACAGCACAAGAUUAUACGCGUUACCUCGAACAUAUGUUAAUGUUAAAUAAUCAUCGUGUGAAACGUCAAGCAUUAAUAGCUGAAGGACUUGACGGACCUAAAAAGUAUCCACCUGAAUCGAUUAAAACAACGAAACGAGCGAAGGGACCUCAAUUACUGUACUGUGAAAAUCCACGCAUGUCUCUUUUUUUAAACAUCUCGCAACUUCUACAAGUUGUGGCUCCUGAACGUCGUGAGAAAAUGCGAGACAUAUGCGAAGCCUCUUCACCACGAUUCGAUACAGAAGACGCAGCGCCACAAAAGCGUAAUUGGUAUCAGCAAAUAAAUGCAACCACAUAUAAAAAUGAUAGGUGGCAAGUGACUAUACAACUUCCUAAAUCAAAAUGGGAUAGCGAAGAUGAAGAAAUGACAUCUGUCAGUGCAGCAAAAGAAGAAAUUGAAAAACCAAUAAAUAAACUACAUCUUUCUGUAAUUCAACAAGAGAGAUGUUCCACAUCCUCCAGCAUAACUGAUGAAGAGAAGGUUGAUAACAAUACCGAAGACACUAAAGGAGAUAAUGAAUCUAGUGAAAAAACAAUCGACAAUACAACGACAAAUGACGAAGCUUCAAAAUCUCCUUUGCUACAAUCUACUGGAGAUGAAAAGUUAGCUUCAGAAUAUGAACAAUUUAUGAAGAUGGUAUGUGUCACUGGAAGUGAUGUGACUAAGGAAUAUUUGCCAAAGAAAAAUCCUGUUAAAACUGCUUCGCCACAUAGUUAUCAUGAAUUCAACAUAGAAUCUAACUUGGCAGAAGAUAACACGGACAUCGAAAUACCAUUGAAAGAGAAAAAAGAUAAACUGUCAACUUUAGAAGGGUCAAUAAAGAGUACAGAAUGUGAGGAAUCUACUACAUCCAUAGACUGUCAAAUACAGAUAAAUGAAAAUAAUAUGCAAAUUGAAUGUACAAACAGUAAUGAUGAAUCUGAAGAUUCUAAAUCAAUACCCAGUGAUUGGGAAAACGUUAGAAUCAAAGUUGAACGAUUAAGUGACGAGAACACUGAAUCGAGAGAAAUCAAGAAGAAGAAAAAACAAAAAAAAGUAAUGUCCAGCAGUGAUUCAUCUAGCAGUACCAGCUCUUCAGAUUCGGAAAAAGAAAAAAAAAGAAAAAAACGAAAACGGAAAAUAUUAAGUAAUUCGUCUUCCUCGGACUCCGAUAGCACAGACAGUAGUAGCAGUAGUAGCAGCGACUCCAGUAGCUCGGACGAAAAAAGGAAAAAAAAGCGAAAGAAGAAGAUAGUUGGAAAGAAAAGAAAGAAGGCAAGACGUGCUGCACGUACAAAGAAAAAGCGAAGGAGGAAAAUGAGUACUUCCAGCAGCAGCGAGUCAGACGAACAUAGGAAGAAAAAGAAGAAGCUCAAGAAGAAGGCAAAGGAAACUAAAUCUAUUAAUAAUGAAGAUAUAAACAAGAUAAUAUCCAAGUCUCCUGCAACCUCCCUAGCUUCAUCUUUAGAUGAGGCAAAAGUAUUGCAUUCAGGAACUUCGAUAAAGAAAAUUAAAGAAGAAGGUAUAGUUAAAGAUAAAAAAAGAACUGAUCAAAUUACAUCAAGAAAAAUCAUUACUGGUAUGAGUGUACAUGACAAUGAAUGCAUGAAGCAGAAAGGAGAAAGGAAAAAUAAAUCCGACGAAAGCUUCAUGGAACAAUGGCAAGAUUCUAUGAUAGCACUGCAGUCAAAUGAUGGUGACUCAAGUCGAGAUCAUACUGGCGAAUUGGGAAAGUCGGAUAGUUCCGAAAGUACAUAUCGAAAGAAACGAAAGCGUAGCCGAGAUAAUGUUACACAAGACAAAGAUAGAUCGUCUAAGAUCAAUGAAGAAAAGAUUCAUGAAGGAAAAGAAAGAUCAGAUGAGGAACUUGAGGUAAAAAGAAAAAAGAGAAAGGAGAAAGAUGUUAGAAGCAGCACCGAGUUUCUUGCAGAUUGGGAAAGGGAAGAUGAGCGGAUUAAUCAACAAAUAAUACAAAACGACAAAUUUUCCAAAAAAUUGGAAAAGAAACAAAAGAAGGAAAAAUGGGGAGAGACAGAUUUUGAUACAUUGAAUGUGCCAUCUUUGACACAACUUGAAAAAGAGGUAUGCCAAAAACUCCUGGCUGAUGAGUGGGAAGUAGAUAGUUUAGAAGCGAUACCAGAUUUGAUUUUGAGCAAACGGAAAAGUAGUCAAAAUAUAUCAAAGAAGAUGGAAAAAGAAGUUCGAUAUGAUGAAAAAACGGAUACUUAUAUUGCAAUAGAAAAGGAAAGAGCGAAAGAAAUGAAGAACAGGCAGGAACGUUUGUGCGCAAUAAGAAUAUGGGAGGAAGAACAAGAGGAAGGUGAAAGAGAAGAGAUGAUGCUUUUGAAACAGAAGAAUAAACAUAAAAAAGACGAUUGGGAUAUAGAAGAGGAAUCAUUUUUAUGCAAGAAUAAUGACAAAAGAGAAAUUCAUAAGGUUAACGAUAUUGUUGGGAUAGAGAAAGAAUGGAGUAAAUCAAAUGAAGAUCUAAGUGUCAAGGAAGACUCAAAUAAAUUAGAAAUUAAAUUUGAAUCGAUUGGUUCUAAACGAGUUAGAAAGAGUCGUUGGGAUAUGGGGUCACAUUCCGAAGAGAAAUCAGAAACUAAAGAUAUAUGGGAGGAAGAAUAUUCAGAAUGGUCCAAGCUUAAUAAAUGUGAACAGAAACAUGAAGAGACAGAAAAAGCAACUUAUUCAGAAAGUUCAGCUAAAUCUGAUGUGAUAGAUUUUUAUCAUAAAAAAUCCCAAAAUAGAGAAUCAUUGGAAAAGACAUGGACAGCAGAAGAAUUGGCAACUAGCUCUCUACAAACAAAGAAAGUAGAAAAUACAUCAAUGAAAAAUUUAAUUUCUGUGAAAACAAACGAGGAGCAGAUCACUACCGAUCAGGCUGAAAAUAAAUUUAAAAAAAUUGAAAUUUCAGAGUUGAGUGCAAAAUUUAAAGAGAAAACCAUAGAACUAUACAGUCCUAGCUCUCCAGCGCUUUCUCAAAAGUCCCAGGACAUAGAGGGAUCCAAUGACAGCAGUAGCUCUACUUCUUUGUCUUGUAAGAAGAGGAAGAAAGAGAUGUUGAUUGCAACAGAAGAAUUGUCAAUUCCUACAUCUGGUAUACCAUUACAGUUAACAAAACUGCGUGAUACUAAACAUGUAGCAAACGAAAAGCUUGAGAAUAUUUUAGACGAAGUACAAUUGGAGGAUAAAAGCUCCGCUCAUAAAUUUGAAACUAAGAAAACUGACAAGUUAUUUGACAACUUAUCGAUAAACGAAUUAUGCCCGGAAGCGCAUAAUUCUCAGUCCGUAUGUAUGGAUAUUUUCGCCGAGUAUGGAGAAGGAUCACGUAGUAAGCAACAUACUAUAAAUUCCAAUGCAGGUUCGACAAUGCAUACAAAAGAUGACGAAACGAAUAUGGACAAAACCACUCUUAAACUUAUUCCUAAACAGCUUCUGAUCCGACGUACUAACGAACAAGUAAAAUCGAAACGUAUCCUGGAAACACCGUUACAGGAUCCUGCUCAGCAUGCGGCAGCGUUGUUGACGAUACAAAAGAAACUGCUAGAAUCACACGUAUUAGAAACUGAUAUUCAAAAAUUACCGAGUGAAGAGUCAACAGAUCAAUUUAAAUCGACGUAUAAUACGGAAAGUAAUAAAGUCGACAAAUUAUUAAACACGACUGAAUUCACUGUGGCUUCCAAGUCGUCGGUAAUAACGAUACAGCAAUCUCCAGCUUCGGAGAAGGCGAUCUCUGUUCGAUCUGAACGGUCUGAAAAGUAUGACAACAAAGAAAGCAAGAGCGAUGGUAAAAAAUAUAAAAUUAGUCGAAAUGAUACCAAUACAUCGGGUGUACGAUCUCCUGUUAGAGAACAUAGAAAAAAGAGUCCUGUAAAGAAAGAGAACGAGAAACGAUAUUCGCAUGAUUACAAUAGAGAUAAGAAGGAAAGGAGAUCCGACGAUGGAGAAAAGUCUGACAGAAGGGACAGCAAAGGGUUCAAAGCGGACUUUGCAGAUAGCCGAAGAAAGUUGAGUCCUGCAGGAGGACGAGGAAAAAGGAGCGGAAGUCCAUACGCCUCGUGGGAACGACAAGGAAGCGGAAGUAGAAGUCCCGGUCACAGUUGGAGCAGAAGUCGCAGCAGGAGUCCAAAGAGAAAAGACGAGGCUACUACUAGUAGAGACAGAGAUAAGAGGAGAGAGAGAUACGACGAUGAACGAGCAAAUAGACUGCGAACAGAUGAGAGAAGAGAAAGAUACGCGCGAUCUUCACCGCGAUCUUCCUACAAUGAAGAUAAUUUCAAAAAGCAUGGUUCUACGUUCUCUAAGAAUAAUCGUGAUGAUUGGGGUAGAAGGAGAUAUGAUAGCGUUGAACGUGAGAAAGAUGUUAGAGCUUAUGAUCCAAUGGAAUUAUUGAGAGAAAGAACGAAUCUGGAAUCUGAGAAAUAUAGAGAUAACAGAUUUCAUACAGAGGAAUUGGAUCAUACAUUUUGGCAGUAUGAAAACAGCAAUAUCUUGCGAGAUGGUAAUGAAUCUAUGGAUUCUUAUCCCGCUGGACACGAUUUGCCUCCGAAUGAGUAUGAGGAUCGAACAUAUUAUGGAGAAGAAAGUGUAGAAAGGGAUAUGAUACAGUGUUCGCCUCAACCACAGUCGAACUAUAGGAGAAGUCAAGGCAGAUCGAGCGCAAGGAGGGAUUGGCAGUGGGAAAAGGAUAAAGAUUCGGAUUUGGAUCGUCAUGGACAUAGAUUACGAAAUCGAACACCGCCGCGGACAAGAUAUUCACCAAUUCGACAGGAACGAUUUCGACGAAAAUCUAAAUCCCGCUCCAGAUCUUGGUCUCAAUCAAGAUCGCGGACAAGAUCUAGAUCACGUUCUAGAUCAACAUCAAGAUCAAGACUGAGAAUGAGAUCGCGGUCGAGAUCUAGAAGCAGAUCUCCAUCGGACUUAAGAUCGAGUGCGAGAUCGAUCUCUACGUCAAGAUUGAGAAGUCCGGAACGUGGAUUGAGAAUGUCUGAAUUGCGUUCUUCAAGAUCGCCCUCGCCUGGAAGGAGUAGACUGAACGAAAUAGAAAGAGAAAGAAAGGACGAGGACGAAAACAGAAAGCUCAAUGUUUGUAGUGAAAGAGGUAGACGUAUAGAGACUAUAGUUCAGUCGGGGGUUGCAUCGGGAACGAACAUUUUAGACUCAGAAAUGGGUAUUAGUGGCAAUAUGGACGCAGCGAAUUUCCAAUAUCUAAAUGAAAUUGAAGCCGGAAAUGAAUAUUAUUAUACGGAAAAUAAUUUAACUUAUCCUCCUUGCAUAGAUGAAUCAACCACCAGCUCUCCGAAACGUUUAUCGCUUGACGAUAGAUUAGAAUUAGAAUUAGGUAUCAAGAAACAGCACAACAAGGAUUCUGCUGGAAUAUCUUCAGAUUAUUCUUCCAAUUUCAAUUCCAACGUUAUCGCGUAUCCGUCUUCACCUCAACAACAGCAACAGCAAAUGAUGUACAGACAACAGCCUACUGUUCUACAAGUUGGGAAUGUUUUACAAGUGGUACCUGCUGAUUUCAACGGAGUACAAUCAGCACGACGAGAAGUACGGCCUGCAACCUGUACGACUCCGCCUGUGCGGCCCGGAUCCAGCCAGGUGGUCCGCGUAGGUAAUGUUCUUCAAGUAGUACCCACGUCGUUAGACUGGAGCAGUAACCAAUCGACGACUGCGGAUCAAUCGAAUGGACUUUCGUAUUCCUCAGUGCCGACACCCUCGCCGACGACGUCCGUUUCCAUGUCCGUACCUAUUCCUGUUCCAGUCCCGUUGCCCGUUCCACCUACCGGAACGAAUACUCUCGCUCCUCCUAGCGUCGCACCCGCUGCUCCACUACAGCUACCAUUGCCAAUACCUGUUCCUAUACCCGUCCCAAUUCCUCCUACGACAGCAACAGCAUUCCCGAGAAAUGAAAUUCGAUCACAAAAAAUGGUUCAACCUGUAUAUAAUUACGAAGCUAUACUCGAGACACGCCGCAAGGAGCGAGAAGAGCGUAAAAGAUUACGCGACUUACGCAGGAAAGAGAAGGAACGUAAAAGAAUAGAGCGAAUUAAUCGACGAGCUCUGCGAUCUCUAGAGAAGAACAAUAUGUCGCGACAAACUGGCGAGGUCUUGUUGGAUCGUCGUAAGGGUUCUGUUGUGGAUCCAUCUGUUCUGAAAGCAUUGAAAGAGGGAGAGGAACAGGCUGAAACUGAUUCGCCAUCCCAGACUAAUUCUAUAAAAGAGGAAGAGGAGGAGACAGCAGCAUCUGUAAAGGAAGAAGACGAAGAUGCUGCCGCGGAUGAAGAUGAAGAUGAGGAUGAAGACGAAGUCGAGGCCGAAGCGGAAGAUGAUGAGGAAGAGGAGGAAGAAGCGGAGGAUGAAGAUGAAGAUGAUAAUGAUGAUGACGAGAAAUCAUCGCAAAUGAAUAAUCAACGAAUCGAAAUUGAUGAAGCAACGAUACCCGCCGAUGUGAAUAAAGAUCAAGCGGAAAUCGAAAUUGCGAAAGAAUGGCCAGAAUUACCACCUCCGCCAUUAAAAGGCAUUUUGAUUGCACCAGGAUUUAGAAGAGACUCAAUUCCCAAUGGCAAUUUGGAUGAUUUAUCAGAUGUAGAUAACGAUACUAAGGAUGAUAGCGACAAAGACGAGGAAACGGAAAAGAACAAUGAAAGUAACAAAGAUGCAGGACCUGAUGCCAAACCUGGUACAUCAAAAUCAGCAAAACUAUUGAGAAAAACAAACAGGAGCAAAAAAUCAGUUCAGUUUGCUGAUGGCAUAAAGCCUGGUGAAGGCACGAGCCCGAGUGGUGGCGAGGGUGAUAUGCCUUCACCGCCACCUCCUAAAAGAAUAGAUUUGCGUGAAGGACUCAAGGAUUUAAAGAGAGAUAAAAUUUAUAGCUCAAGGAAGAGUAGAAAACAGGAAAAAAGAGCGAAACCACCAAAGACAAAGAAAAAAGUCAAGGUAAAGAUAAUCAAAUUGAAGAAACCGCGCGUUACUCCAUUGACAGCUAUGAUGAUGGACGAUUCUGAUGAAAUGGAUGAUCGUUCGCCACCACCGCCGCCUCCUGGUUCUCCACCGCCGCCGCAUCUCUGGCCCAGUUAUCUUUCCGUUUACAAUACAACGGUUCGAACAGUUGAACAAUCACAGACUACGACUUCCUUAACAUCUGUUCAACCUCCACCACCGCCAACUCCGUUGCCUCUUCUGGUCCCACCUCCUCCACUAAAUUAUACCAUCCAACCGUGCAGUAAAGCUUAAAAUAAUACUAAUCAAGCAGAUUUUGUGAAUUUUUUUAUACUAUUUUUUUCUCAAACGCGCGCGCGCGCGAGAGAGAGAUAUAUCUAUGGCAAUUGAAGAUUGAAUAGUAAAAGUGAGAGCUGUAUACAUUUAAUGUCGAAGUUGAAGAUAGAAAAGAGAAGUUGUCGGAGAAUACCCAUUGAUAUUGUAAAUAUAUAUUUACGACUUCCCGACCAAGAAAUCGUUAUAAAUCUUAAUCCAUUGCGUCCGUAAUUUUUAGUAACUUAUGUAGUAUUUCCUCGUUAACAGAAAGACUUUGUUUUAUUAACAGAAAGUCAUUCUCUUUCUCUUUUCUCUUCUUCUUUGUGUAAGAGAGCGUUUUAUCCGAACAUCUAGCAAAUCGUUUGAUAAUGAUCAAGCUUUGAUGUCGAAAAUUGUUUUUAUUCUCUUUGUUCUUAUUCAUAUUACGUUUUUGAGCAUUAAAAUUUUGAAUGAAGUAAUUUUUGAAAAGUAAACAUACAUUAUAUAAUUAAUAGAUAAUGUUUGGCAUGCAUCAAAUGGCUUUCUAUUAAUGAGGAGAUUUAUACUAAUUACUAAUAUAUAAUUCAGUUCGUAUAUUCGUAUAUUUUUCGAUAUUGAAAAAUAUUGAAUCUAUUAGAAAAUUAUAGCAAUGGAUAUAUUGUAAUUAAUUGUCAAUGAUGUAUUGUUAGCGAGAUUUGUUAUUAUAAGAGCAUAUCUGAAAAAAUGCAAUGUAUAUACACAUUGUAUUAUAUAUAAUUUGUCACAAAUACACGUGACUCGAAUGCAGAUUAUAUACGACUUAAAAUUAGA